AUGGCGCCUCUAUUUGCCAAACGUCUAAGCUGUUUCUACUGCGGCCAACGCACUGUCCAGACGCAGAAAGGAGCGGUCCGCAAGUGGCGCUGUCCGCAUUGCGAAGCCAUCAACUAUUUGGACGAGAAAGGAGAAAUUACAGAUCCUCCGGCAGCUGAAACGAACCCCGAUGUGUAUGGACCCGACGCCUCGAGCCCGCCGUUUGAGACGGCCGACUUUACCGGCUCCGGACUGUUUUGCGCGCAGUGUGUCCGCAAUCAACAUCUAUUCACGAGUGCUUUAGCGUCAUACUUUCCCCCGACCGAUGACCCGAACUAUGCCGCUUAUGAACGCGAAUAUCCGAAGUUCCGUCAGAACCUGGAGGAACGCUAUCCUCAGGUAUGCGUCAAGUGUGAACCUCGGGUGCGAGACCGCAUUCGUCAGGCGGGAUACGAAGCCAAAUCGGAUCAUCUGCGACGGAUGAUGGACCGGAGUAAGGCGGGCCGCGCCGCAAGGCAAGCGCGAAACUGGAAUUGGAGGAGUCUGCUGGUGUUCGCAGGUGCGAUCGGUUACUGGACGAGUAUUGCUGGCCAAUUUUCCUGGAACAUGUGGUCUGCCCUGGACACAGAAGAUGCCUUGCGAGAUCCUGAUGACGCCGUGAAACCAUUCUCUAGAGCCUCAUGCGUUCAUCAGGUCCUGGAAACGCGUCGUGUGCCUGCAAGUUGCUCCGUGGACUUGGCCCCCUAUGCUGGUUUAGCCUUGGUUGCGGGCAUUCUUUCUAUAUGGUACAAUCCUAAGCUGCGGCUGAAGGUCGAAGGGAGAGGCGGCCGUUUUGUUGGCCUUGGGGAAUAUUACAAGGUACAGCUCAUCGUCAUGGUGGUCCGAUGCGCCUUCUGGGGUGUGAUGAGAGAUCCUUCGUCGAGUGGGCUGGAGCCUACAUUACCACCUGCUCUGCAUAUUUUUAUGGUCUUCUUCACGAUUCUAUCGGUUAUCAUUUCUCGGCGCAUUGUGAAGUAUGACACACGUCCUCUGGUGGUAUGGAACGAGGACACACCAGUGUCCACACCGAUUCAAAAACGCUAUGCCUCGCCUGUGCAGACUACAGGUCAGAAGCAAUCUUUGUCUACGGCGUUCGAUCCUCUCCCACGGCCCAGCCCUCGUUUCCCCCUAGAGAAGCUCGCCAGCCCUCGCGCUGCUCCACAGGAGCAGUCAAUCCCGACACCUCCCCCCGAGGGCGAAGGUGGUGACAUGGAUUGGACUCCUUCCGUGCAGCACGUCCAGCGCGAAAUCACACCCACAGUAAGCGUUCAUCGAAGGGACCAGAAAUCCGUUCUCGACGGGCCUCUACCAUUUUACGGAUCUCUGCCCGCUGCCCCGGUGCCGCCGUCAUGGAACCUGCGCAGCCGACCAGUCCAACGGCCGAAGCCCAUCGAACAGGUUGUGGAACGUAACCCUUUCCAUCGUACACCCACCCAGGCGUCGAAUUCAUGGGGAAGGGCUUCUGGUCACUCGGAUGUCUCUUUCGCACCGCCCAAGUUCUUUCCUAUGAGUGAUCAUGUUGCGUCUACUGGGUUGGAGAGCCUGUUUGACCGGACUUUCACUAUCAAGUCGCCCGAAGACGAGGAGCCGAACAGCUACCGUUCACAGCAGCGGCCAGUGGACACACAUCCUCGACACUCGACUGGAAUGCAGCGCUUUUUCAUCUUUCAGUAUCUUCGAUUGGGGCUGCUUAUAGCCUCGAUUGCGGCUUGGGCUCUUUCACAGCAUGGGCAUCUUUCACUCCCGGGAAAUUACAUCGAGGUAGCUUCCCUGGGCAGCGCUAGUCUUAUCGCUGGAUUUGCUUUGCUUGAAACGUUGAAGCAGCCCAUCGCACAGUGGAACGGGAUGGAAAUUCUGGUCUACCUUGCUGAGCUUGUUGCAGCCGUGCAUAUUGGGGGUAAUCUCCCGCGCGUGUCGUUCGAGCGCCAAUACUUUGACCGGUACGGGAAGCUUCUCUUGGUCUUCAUGGCCGUGCAGGAGGCGUUAACACUGCUUAAUUUGUAUCGAUUUGUGUCAAACGCCGCCAGUCCCCAGGAGCAGUCGCACCGACCCGGACCUUCAAACGGAGACCCCGGAAAUACCUUUAGGGCUGGGCGUGAUAGUCGAGACCUCCAGUCGUUCACCACUCAGUCCUCCGCUCCGGCCUUGUCCUUCUCCUCAACCGCCGCUGGGUCGAGUUUUACGAUGCAGACUCCGGAACCACAAUAUCGGACGGCUUUUCCGACUUUUGAUAGCGGGUUCAACCGGGACCAUAGCUUCAGCCUGAGCAGUCUGAAGGACAACGAAUCCGAUGUGUCUGAUCCAUUGGAUCGCGAUUCCGACACUGAAACUACCAUGACGACAGCCACCACGGCUACGAAUAACACAAUCCAUAAUAUCCGCUACGGGAGGAACCCCAGCGAUACAUUUUUCUCUCCGAAGCGGUCCGAGCUGGGUCCCGGACUGGGCGGCCUGAGUCUGGACGACGGACCACGACGUGUGACCCGGAGUCAGAGCCAGAGAAUGCAUGGUUCUGAUGGGGCGCGGCGGAUGCCCAGAGUGCGGUGA